AUGAUUGAUAAGAUAGUCAUUGUAUUGGUCUGCUUGUCUUACGCCCGAGCGGAAUACUACAGUUCUCACUCAUCGGUUCCAUCGGUGGGACUUUACGGCUCAAUCAACAAUGGUCCAGGUACCAGGAGAGCAUACCCAACAACACCUGCUCCGAUAUACGAAGACAAUAUGGAUAACAUACAAUCCACGUAUGGGUCUCAAAUGCCCUUAAUUGAAGUUAUAAAUACGCCAUUUACGAGUAGGAGAUCUGACAGUACAGUCAAUAUAGAUCACCAUUCAAAUCGAUACUCAUCACAUGCGAUACAAAAUCAAGUUUUAUUUCAACCCGCGUACAAUCCACCGCCAGUUAUACCUGGAAGUUUAUCUGCUCCGGUGACAUACACGGCCUAUACUCAUUCCACACCAUUAGUGAAUGCAUACUCGGGACCUGUUGUUGCGACAACUUAUGGACAGCCAUCUUAUGCUUCACAUAUUCCGAUAGCAAGUCAAGCUGUUAAAACUACUAUCACUUAUUCGGAAGCCCCUGCUGUAUCUCAUGUGACAUUCGCCAGUCACGGCCCAAGAUUUACUUGGUAA